AUGAUCAUGGAUUCAUUGUUAAUAGCUAUAUUAUCUUAUUUAAUACUAUUCAAAUGGUACAUUCAAUGUCAAGACGAUUCUUCAUUAAUAUCAUCAGCUACUGUUGAAACUCAAUAUCUUACUUUUAAUAUGGCUCAAUAUGGAAUGAAUGGUGGUGUUUUUUCAAGUCCUAAUUUUCCAAACUAUUAUCCACAAGAUACAAUAUUAUUUUAUCAAUUUAUAGCAUCAUCUGAUUAUCGUGUUCAAAUUGAAAUAGAUUUUUUUCAAAUACGUGGUGUUACACCACAAUGUACACAUGAUUAUUUAGAUGUAUUUAUAAAUGUAACUGAUUUUAAUAUUGUUUAUAAUACAAUGAAUGAUCAAUUACUUCAUCGUUAUUGUGGUCGAAAUACGCCACCAUUACUUGUAUCAUAUACAAAUUUACUUCUACUUGGAUUUUUUACUGAAGAUACACAAACAGAAAGAGGUUUUAACGGUACAUUUCGUUUUAUAUCAGCACAACCAUAUAAAAAUAAUCUUAUACGUGAACCAUGUGAUUAUAUAUUUAAUUCAUCGAUUUCAAAACGUGGUGAAUUUUUUUCUUCAACAUAUCCAGGAACUUAUUUACCGUGGCAAUUUUGUAAUUAUUCAUUUAUUGGUUUACCUGGUGAACGUAUUCAUAUUCGUUUUCGUGAUUUAAUGUUAUUUAAAACACCUAAUCAACAACAUUGUCCUGUUGAUUUAAUUAAAUUAUAUGAUAAUACAGUUAAUCCAUUAGAACUUCAAAGAUUUUUAUCAAAUUUUCAUCAAACAAAUAUUAUUGAUUAUCAAACAGUAUCUGAACAAAAUGAUCAACGUCAUAUAGCAGAUCUUUGUGGUACUUAUACAAUGCCACUUGAUAUUUAUUCUACAAAUAAUCGUUUAUUAUUAUAUUUUAUUACAACACAUUAUGGAGAAUUAACUGAUGAUGAACAAGCACAAUUAAAUGAUAUAUCAAGACCGUUAAGAAAAGGUUUUUAUGCUGAAUAUGAAUUUUUAUCAACAUUAACUAAACUUAAUUUUAUAUCAAAAAAUAAAUCAAAUCAAUAUUUAUUAGGUACCGAAUGUGAUCAAACAAUUAAAUCAUUUGGUCAAGGAUAUGGUGAAAUUCAAUCUCCUAAUUGGCCAUAUUUGUAUAAACCCCAAACAUCAUGUAUAACUUAUUUAUUAGGUCUUGAUGAUCGUUUUACAUUAGAAAAUGUUGAAAUUGAAUUUGAUCAAUUUGAUAUUGAUUGUCAUUCAGCUUUAUUUGUUAUUUAUAAUGCAAGUAGAAUAUAUGAUCAUCGUUUACGUACACAUUUACAAUCUGUAUUAAGUAGUUCAAAAUCAAUGACAACAAAAAAAUCUUCAUCAUUUAGUAAUUAUUAUCAACAAGAACUUGAUUUUAAAGAUAAUCUUUCAUUUUGUGGUCAUUUUAAACCUGAAGGACGUUUUGUAUCUCGAAGUGCAUUACUUAAAUUAUCACUUAUUCCAAAUGAUCGUUUAUCAGAAAAAAUUUUACCAUCAUUAAAUCAUGGUGGAAAAUUUCAAAUAAAAUAUAAAUUUGUUAAAAGUUAUCAUCAAGUACUCGCUGAUGAAUAUGAUAGAACAAAUCCAAGCAUUUGUAAUCUUUAUUAUUAUCAAUCACGUACACUUAGUGGCAAGUUUGAACCUCCACGUUCAUCCGAAAAUGAUUAUUUUGCCAAUUCUAAUUGUACAUUUAAUUUUUAUAUUUCAAAUGAAAAUUCUCGUCUUCUUAUAUGGUAUGAUUAUUUUAAUAUUGUGGAUAAUAAUUAUAUUCAAUGUUCAUCAGAUAAUUUAACAUAUACAUAUCGUUCUUACAUAUCAUCAACGUAUUAUUUAUAUCCAUAUAUUUAUUGUGGUUAUCGAAAUUUUCCUUCACCAUAUUUAACCAGUCGUUCAACUGAACAAUUUCGUAUUCAUUUUCGUUCCAAUGAUGAUGAUGAUACUGGUUUAGGUUUUUAUGGACGAUAUGAAUUUCUAAAUGAAUCAAAUAUUUUAUUUUCAUCAACAUGUCGAAGUCCAUUUGAUCCCAUUAUUUAUAUUAAUGAAACUGAACAACCUUCAGGAAAUAUAUCAAGUAAUGGUUAUCCAGAAAAUGUUAUCUGUGAAUGGUCUUAUACAACAACAAUUGGAUUUCAAUUUAAUUUAGAAUUAAAAACACUAGAUUUAGAAGGUUCAAAAACAAAAGAUCCACCACAAGGUUGUCAAUCAUCUGUUUUAAGAAUUUAUAGUGAAGGACGAAUUGAUGAAUUAUGUGGACAAGAAAAAACUUUGUCAUUUAUUCUAACUAAUUCAAAUUGGUUUACAUUACAAUUUGUAUCUUUAAUUCGUCAAACACAAGAACCAUUACAAGGUUUUCAAUUAUUAUGGACAGUUGUACAAGUUAAAACAAAUAUAAAUAAUAAUCAAUGUUUAUUAUCAAAUGAUUAUUUUGAUUGUAAAAAAUUUUCAAAAAAUAUAAAUGAAACAUUAUUUUGUAUUCAUCAAUCAUUAAAAUGUGAUGGUUAUGUUCAUUGUCAACCAUUAUCAAGUGAAGAUGAACUACCAAAAAAUUGUUUUCAAAAUUUUCCAAGACGUUUUCAUUUUUUAUCAUCGUUAAAUAUACGUCAACAUUAUAUUUUAAUUAUAAUUGUUAUUAUUCUUUUUAUUGUUAUAUUAUUCAUUGCUAGUAUAUUUAUCUUUUUAUUUAUUAAAACAAAACGACGAAGACAAGAAGAACAUUUAUCAAAUGAAACAAAAAGUAAAAUGACUGAUAUUUAUAUACAUGUUGAUGAUAAUAAUGAUCAAGAUUUAAGUCAUAUGGGUAUUUUGGAACAAGCUGUAACAACAGUUUGA